CCCAUACCUAGGGAGCAAAAAGCGGGACCUAAUUCAUAAAAUUCUUCUCCUCCAUCCCCUCCUCCACUAUGCAUGUUUCAUUUUCCUCCCCCAUUACGGCGGAGCAAAUAUAAAAGCUGCCCAAGAAAAGCAAAAGGAUCGGAGGAGAGGCAGCCAUAUUCAUAGCCAUCACCAUCUAGUUAAUCGCGUCGAUGGCUUUGCGGAUGGUGGGGUUGUUUGUUCUAAUGCUCUCCGUGGCUGCGGUGGCGCAUUCGGAGAUGAUGAUAUCGGAGCCCGACGGGCACGGGCUGGUGGAGGACGCGAUCGACAUGGACGAGCAGAUGAUGAUGGAAUCGGAGACGGCGAGGCGGCAGCUGGGGGGUGGCGGCUACAUCAGCUACGGCGCACUCAUGCGGAACAAGAUACCGUGCGAUCAGAAGGGGCAGUCCUACUACAACUGCCGUCACCACGAGGUCGCCAACCCUUACAACCGCGGCUGCACCAGGGUUACCAACUGCGCUAGAAGCACCGUUUGAUUAUGCCUAAUUUAGCUGUUUAUCUAUGAUGCUUGCUGCAGAUCAUCGAUGUAUUCAUUUAGAUCUUACUUCUUGUAAUACACUCUCCCUCUCCGCGCCACUAAUUUACUCUUAGUUUCAUAUAUAAUAUGUUACUAUUCAUAUCUUUUCAUAUUCUCUUUCUACUUGGAUUACAUUACGUACGUUGGGGAACAUGUAUGCAUCAGUACAAGAAGAGUGAUUUACAUUGUCUUCCA